GCUGAGGAGAGAGGGGGAGAAGCAAGGGAGUGGAGAGAGAGAGAAAACGACAGGAGGAUAUUGUGUGUUUAUGUCUGUUUGUCACCACUGGUCCCCCUCUCUGACUAUUCAAACCGUCAACAGUACCGGGGACUUCAAUUCGUCCUAUCCUUCCCAGUAUUGGCUUGGCUCGUGCGGGCUAGUUUGGAGGGAAAGAAGCGAGAAGGAUGAUCAUGACUCAGAAGCCCUGGAGAUAGGCCGGAUCAUAGAGUGAUUCCCUAAACCCUGCCUUUCACAUCACCUGCUCAGUCCGAAACGCUGGUUUGACACGCCUCUGGACAUUCCCCGAUCACGUUCACCCACCUACCCACACCCCUGCAGAACUGCGUCUGAAACCCCUCACUUCUUCAAACCUCUGCCUGCUGGGAUAAAUGAGUGGAAGGGCUGGAGAGGAUAGGGCUGGGAUAUGUACCAGAACCCACACAGAAUGUCCUGGUUUAGUGGCUUCCUAGUGGCCAGAGUGGAUGACCGAAAGACCUCGUGGGGGGAGCGAAAUGGCAAGAAGUCCAAGCAGAAGGGAGGCUCAUCCCUUUGCAACCCGCGUUACAUGAGCUGCCUGCGGGAUCCGGACGCCAUGGAGCCUCCCUCUGGAGCCCCCCUCCACCCCCACCACCGCGGAGGGCUGGCUGGGGCGGUGGGCGGGGGGGGCAACUUUGGCGUGCGCUGCAUCUGGCAAGAGGACCACUACGGCAAACGGGGCGGCGCCGCCGGGGAAGUGGUGGGGCUCAAAUCUGUCGACAUGGGCUUUGAGGAUGGGGACCUGAAAGGGAGGAAGGUGGGGUGUAGAGGGGGUGGUGGGAAGGGGGGGGAUGAGGGUCCCAAUGGGGAAGGUGAGGUGACGGUGGCCGACUGCUGGCUGCGGGUGUUGCAAGUGUUCCAGUCCAAGAAGUUCCAGUCUCAUAAACUGGAGCGUCUGUACCAGCGCUACUUCUUCAGGCUCAACCAAAGCUCCCUCACCAUGCUGAUGGGGGUGCUGGUGAUUGUGUGCGGCGUGAUGCUUACCUUCCAUUGUGUCCACGCAACCCCGGACGUGGCCUACUCCUCGGCCCUCUCUGUGGCCAUGGCCCUGUUCAUGGCUCUCAUGGUUGUGUGUAACCGGAACGGCUUCCACCAGGACUACAUGUGGAUGGUGAGCUACCUGGUCAUCGGUGUGCUGUUGCUGGUGCAGGUGUUCGGGGUGCUGAUGGUGGCGCCUCGCAGCGCAUCUGAGGGCAUCUGGUGGUCUGUCUUCUUCAUCUACAUCAUCUACACGCUUCUGCCUGUCAGGAUGAGAGCAGCCGUGCUGAGUGGAGGGGUGCUCUCCACCAUUCACCUGGUCACCACCUGGCAGUUCAACCAGGAAGACGUGUUCCUCUGGAAACAGCUGAGCGCCAACGUGCUGAUAUUCCUGUGCACUAACAUCAUUGGGAUCUGUACCCACUACCCUGCUGAGGUGUCUCAGAGACAGGCCUUCCAGGAGACCAGAGGAUACAUUCAGGCCAGACUGCACCUGCAGAGAGAGAACCAGCAGCAGGAACGCCUCUUGCUGUCUGUGUUGCCAAGGCAUGUUGCCAUGGAGAUGAAGGCUGACAUCAACGCUAAGAAAGAAGACAUGAUGUUCCAUAAGAUCUACAUCCAGAAACAUGACAACGUCAGUAUUCUGUUUGCGGACAUUGAGGGUUUCACCAGCUUGGCGUCUCAGUGUACGGCUCAGGAGUUGGUCAUGACGCUCAACGAGCUCUUCGCCCGAUUCGACAAACUAGCAUCUGAGAACCACUGUCUGCGUAUCAAGAUCCUGGGGGACUGUUACUACUGUGUGUCUGGGCUGCCUGAGCCCCGCGCUGACCACGCGCACUGCUGUGUGGAGAUGGGCGUUGACAUGAUAGAGGCCAUCUCGCUGGUGCGUGAAGUGACGGGGGUCAACGUCAACAUGCGUGUGGGCAUCCAUAGCGGCCGUGUGCACUGUGGGGUGCUGGGACUCAGGAAGUGGCAGUUUGACGUGUGGUCCAACGAUGUCACACUGGCCAACCACAUGGAGGCUGGGGGCAAGGCAGGGAGGAUCCACAUCACCAAAGCCACCCUGCAGUAUCUAAAUAGGGAUUAUGAGGUGGAGCCGGGUUUCGGAGGGGAGAGGAACGCCUACUUGAAGGAGAACAGCAUUGAGACCUUCCUGGUGCUGGGCUGCAGCCAGAAACGGAAAGACGAGAAGGCCAUGAUGGCCAAGAUGCAGAGGACGCGGUCCAACUCCAACGAGGGCCUGAUGCCUCGCUGGGUGCCCGACACAAGGUUCUCCAGGACCAAGGACUCCAAAGUCUUCAGACAGAUGGGGAUUGAUGAGUCGUCCAGCAAAGACAACCGUGGUGCCCAGGAGGCAAUGAACCCUGAAGAUGAGGUGGAUGAGUUUCUUGGGCGAGCCAUCGAUGCUCGCAGCAUCGACCAGCUGAGGAAAGACCACGUCAAGAAGUUCCUGCUCACCUUCCAGACCUCUAGCCUAGAGAAAAAGUAUUCGAAGAAGGUAGACGAUCGCUUUGGGGGUUACGUGGCUUGUACCCUCCUGGUCUUCUGCUUCAUCUCCUUCAUCCAGAUUGUCAUAUUUCCACACACCCCAGUAAUGCUGGGGAUCUACAUCAGUAUCUUCAUCAUCCUCGCCAACAUCCUCUUCAUCUGUGCCAUAUAUUCCUGCAUUAAGCUGUUUCCAGCUGCGAUGCAGAUCGUGUCAAAGAAGAUAGUCCAGUCUCGUACCAACAGCACUCUGGUGGGGGUGUUUACCAUCAUCCUCGUCUUCAUCUCUGCCUUUGUCAACAUGUUUGCGUGUGACACAGAGAGUUUGGUGGACUGCAUUGCCCGGGAGCUGAACAUCUCUGUUUCCAUGGUGACACCCUGUCUCAUCCGCAACCUGUCUGUGUCGGUAGAUGGGGGUCUAGAGAUUUGUCCCAGCCAGGGCCCCUCAUGUCCCUUCCCAGAGUAUUUCAGCUACAGUGUGCUGCUGACCCUGCUGGCCUGUUCAGUAUUCCUCCAGAUCAGCAGUAUAGGGAAGCUGGCCCUCAUGCUGCUCAUCCAGCUCACCUUCCUGCUGCUGGUGGAGUGGCCACAGGUGGCGCUGUUCGAAAAUGCUGACCUUUUUGUCACCUCCAAAGCCCUUGAUUUCAAUGAAACUAUUCAAUGGUCCAGUUUCAAUGAAACUACAGUCGAGUGCCCGUUCAGUGUGACCAAAGUAUCUCUGAGAGUCAUGACUCCUGUGAUUCUCACUGUGUUUGUGCUGGCGCUCUACCUCCAUGCCCAGCAGGUGGAGUCCACUUCACGCCUCGACUUCCUCUGGAAACUACAGGCCACAGAGGAGAAGGAGGAGAUGGAGGAGCUUCAGGCCUACAACCGCCGUCUCCUCCACAACAUCCUGCCCAAGGACGUGGCGGCUCACUUUCUGGCACGUGAGCGCCGUAACGACGAGCUCUACUACCAGUCCUGUGAGUGUGUGGCCGUCAUGUUCGCCUCCAUUUCCAACUUCUCUGAGUUCUAUGUAGAGCUGGAGGCCAACAAUGAGGGAGUGGAAUGUCUUAGGCUGCUCAACGAGAUCAUCGCCGACUUUGACGAGAUCAUCAGUGAGGAGAAGUUUCGUCAGCUGGAGAAGAUCAAGACUAUUGGCAGCACCUACAUGGCCGCCUCGGGUCUCAAUGAUUCCACCUACGACCGUGAGGGCCGCUCCCACAUCACGGCUCUGGCCGACUAUGCCAUGAGACUGAGGGAACAGAUGAAGUACAUCAAUGAGCAUUCCUUCAACAACUUCCAGAUGAAGAUAGGUCUGAAUAUUGGGCCAGUGGUCGCAGGGGUGAUUGGAGCACGGAAGCCCCAGUACGAUAUAUGGGGGAACACGGUCAACGUAGCCAGUCGCAUGGACAGCACAGGAGUCCCAGACCGCAUUCAGGUUACCACGGACCUCCACCAGGUGCUUUCAGAUAUAGGAUAUGUUCUGGAGUGCCGUGGGGUCGUUAAAGUCAAGGGCAAAGGGGAAAUGACGACCUACUUCCUGAAUGAUGGACCGCCCAAUAGUUAGCAGCCGUGGCAGCACUAGCCGGGACCAUUCCCGCGGCAGCACUACUGAGGGAGGACUCGCACAGCGAGCUAGCGGCUAACAACUAGCGAUGCCAUCACUUGAAACCCGAGCCAAGAGAAAAUACUUUGAGACUCCAGGACUUGAGAAGGAAAAUGUUCUUAUGUGGCAGCCAUGUUUUGGCGCCCGCACACAUGGAAGGACAAGUGUUUUUCUCAUGUCUAGCCUUUCUCUCAGGCUACUUUAAAGAUGCAAAGUCUGUUUAUUUAAAACAACGCCUUUAGCCUGUGUCAAAAAAAGAAAAAGGCUGUACAUAAGGCUACUUUUUAUUUGACAUCAUUUUCUGUGAUUGUUAUGUUUUUUUUCAUGAUAUAUUUUCAGCAGAAUUAUGAAACAGGUACUCAUGUUUUACUUCUGGGUUACUUAUUUAUUUUAAUCUUGAUGUUUUGUGCAAAAAUUCCUUUAUGAAAAAGUCUGAAUACAUACGUGCACAAAUAUCCAGUUUAUUACACGUUUAUAAGUGUGUAUGUACAUGCAUAUUUGUGUGUAUGAGUAUGUGUAUAAAUUGAAGGAAAAUAUUGACCAAA